AUGUCCGCCAAAAGUUUACCAGAAAUAAUCCUCGUCCCCGGGGCAUUUGGAACAGUCGCUUGCUUCGACAAGCUACUGCCGUUCCUGAAAGAAGCCGGAUUUUCAACCCAUCCGGGGCCAUACCCUAGCUAUAACCACGCCAACCCAGCUGAAGCGACUUGCAUGGAUGAUAUUACUUCUCUCCGCAAUAAUACCAUCUUACCUCUAGUAGAAGAACGACAGAAGGACGUUGUCAUCAUUGCGCAUUCAUAUGGCUGCGUCCCAGCUAGCGCUGCGGCCAAGGACCUCGACAAGAAGACCCGAGAAGCGCAAGGUAAAAAAGGUAGCGUGGUCGGAUUGAUAUUCGUAGCGGGUAUAAUCACCCUAGAUGGCGAAACUGCGGUUGAAGCAAUGGGCGGGUUACCGCCAUACGACACAGCGUUUGUAAAAGAAGCAAUGCACUACCUAUAUCACGACUGCGAUCCCGCCAUGGCAUUCGAGUUAGACAAGCACCUAGCCGGCCACGCAGCUCCAGCCCUUGCUACCAAGCCCACAGCACCGGCAUGGGCGGACAGUGGUUUCGAUGGAAGAAGAGUGUACCUGCGAACACUGAACGACCGCUGCAAACACCUAUCGGAACAGAAUCAGUGGAUUAAGAAGACGAACGUGGAGUGGAAGGUGGUGGACUACGAGACCGGCCAUUACCCGUUUCAUAGUCAACCCAAAGCUGUGGCGACACAUAUCGUGGAAUUCGUCAACGACUUCGUCUCAUUAUAG